GCGCCCCGCCCCCCGGCCCCGCCCGAGCCCUCGGCCUUUGCCUCCGCCGUGGUCCCUCCAGUCCCGCGACCCGUCCCGGGUCCCAGUCCGUACCUUGACCCCGCCCCCUCGGCGCGCAUCCCCUUCUUCCACGCCCUGGAUGGGGUGACAGGGACCGAGUACCCGGGCUGGGAGGAGGCGGGGCUGGUCCAGAAGGGACCCGCGCCACCCGAGUGGCCCCCGCUGGGGCCUCCAGAGGCUCCUGGGUCCUACCCCAGCCCCCAUCCCAACACCUUCCUGGACAUCCUUCUCCCAGCUCUCAGCCUUCCCGGGCCGAGCGCCCCCCUCCCCACAGCCCCUGUCUCAUUCCUGAGCCCCACCCCCACCCGCUCCAUCCCCAGCCUGACCCUUUUCUUCUCCUUCUCCCUCAUUUUCACCCCAUCCUGCUUCCUCUCAGUGUCCCCCCUGCAUCAGUCUGAGCCUCUGCCUCGUCUCUCCAGCCACUCCCUCCUUACUCCACCCCAACAGGCCAGCACUGUACCUCCCUUGAUCCUCCGAUCCUCUCCAUCUCCUUUUCCUCAUCCCCUUCCCCCACCUUCUCCCUCUCCCACCAUGCUGCUCUGGCUUAUUCAUCCAUUCAUUCCCUCUCUUAGCAGACAUUGACUGAGACCGCCUCUGUGCAGGCCCCAUGCUCCAGGCACAGAGAGUCAGCUCUCAUCCUGCCUUGGGAAGCCUCAUGGGCUGGAGGGGGAUGGACCCUGAGGAUGAGAACCAGGGAUAACUCAGGAUUGCAGGGACCUGGAGGAGGGAGAUGCUAUAGCCAAGUCUGGCAAAUCUGUCUGGCCGCUGGUUAAUUUAUUCAGAUUUUACCCAGCCCCUGCUGUGUGACUGGGCUGGCACUAGGCACUGGGGACCCAGAAAAGAGUCAGGAACAAUCCUGUCUUCAAACACCAACUCGGUGCCCAGCUCUGCCUGGGGGUCUGGUCAUAGUCCAGUGAGAGAGAUGAACUUGUCACCACCAGUGGCAUCUCAGAGUGAUCAGAGCUGUGAAGGGAGAAGCUCCGGUUGAGGCAUGGAGCCUGGGAUGGGGUAACCUCAGGGGAUGAAGAGAGUCCAGAAGAGAUGCCAGGCGCAGCCUGAAGGGUCAGGGAGAACUUCCUGGAGGAGAGCACAUAAGUUCAAGAGCUCUGAGAGUGGGGGCAAUGGAAAGAGAUGGGAUUGGAGAGGUAAAUAGAAAUCAGCUCACGGAAGCCUCGAAUAUCAGACCAGAGAAUUCAGACUUCAUCAUGAAGACAACAGGGAGUCAUUGAAGGCUCAGGAUCUAUGGAGAAACAGAGCCAGGCACGCAGCACUGACAGCCUGGAUGGCCCAGGGGAGGGCUCAGUGCAGCCCCUAUCCACUGCUGGGGGGCCCAGUGUGAAGGGGAAGCCUGGGAAGAGGCUCUCAACUCCUCGAGGCCCCUUCCCCCGGCUGGCUGACUGUGCCCAUUUCCACUAUGAGAAUGUCGACUUUGGCCACAUUCAGCUCCUGCUGUCUCCAGACCGUGAAGGGCCCAGCUUCUCUGGAGAGAAUGAGCUGGUGUUCGGGGUGCAGGUGACCUGUCAGGGCCGUUCCUGGCCGGUUCUCCGGAGUUACGAUGACUUUCGUUCCCUGGACACCCACCUCCACCGGUGCAUAUUUGACCGAAGGUUCUCCUGCCUUCCGGAGCUUCCCCCGCCCCCUGAGGGUGCCAGGGCUGCCCAGAUGCUGGUGCCACUGCUGCUGCAGUACCUGGAGACGCUGUCAGGACUGGUGGACAGUAACCUCAACUGCGGGCCUGUGCUCACCUGGAUGGAGCUGGACAAUCAUGGCCGGCGACUGCUCCUCAGUGAGGAGGCGUCGCUUAAUAUCCCUGCAGUGGCAGCCGCCCACGUGAUCAAACGGUACACGGCCCAGGCGCCAGAUGAGCUGUCCUUUGAGGUGGGAGACAUUGUUUCCGUGAUCGACAUGCCGCCCACAGAGGAUCGCAGCUGGUGGCGGGGCAAGCGAGGCUUCCAGGUCGGGUUCUUCCCCAGUGAAUGUGUGGAACUGUUCACAGAGCGGCCAGGUCCAGGCUUGAAGGCCGAUGCCGAUGGCACCCCAUGUGGCAUCCCGGCUUCCCAGGGUAUCUCGUCUCUGACCUCAGCUGUGCCUCGGCCGCGUGGGAAGCUGGCCGGCCUGCUCCGCACCUUCAUGCGCUCCCGCCCGUCUCGGCAGCGGCUGAGGCAACGGGGAAUCCUGAGGCAGAGGGUGUUUGGCUGUGACCUUGGCGAGCACCUUAGCAACUCAGGCCAGGAUGUGCCCCAGGUGCUGCGCUGCUGCUCCGAGUUCAUUGAGGCCCACGGGGUGGUGGAUGGGAUCUACCGGCUCUCAGGCGUGUCUUCCAACAUCCAGAGGCUGCGGCAUGAGUUUGACAGCGAGAGGAUCCCGGAGCUGUCUGGCCCCGCCUUUCUGCAGGACAUCCACAGCGUUUCCUCCCUCUGCAAGCUCUACUUCCGAGAGCUGCCAAACCCCCUGCUUACCUACCAGCUCUACGGAAAGUUCAGUGAGGCCAUGUCAGUGCCUGGGGAGGACGAGCGUCUGGUGCGGGUCCACGACGUCAUCCAGCAGCUGCCCCCACCACAUUACAGGACCCUGGAGUACCUGCUGAGGCAUCUGGCCCGCAUGGCAAGACACAGUGCCAACACCAGCAUGCAUGCCCGCAACCUGGCCAUUGUCUGGGCACCCAACCUGCUACGGUCCAUGGAGCUGGAGUCGGUGGGGAUGGGUGGUGCGGCAGCCUUCCGGGAAGUUAGGGUGCAGUCAGUGGUGGUUGAGUUUCUGCUCACCCACGUGGACGUCCUGUUCAGCGACACCUUCACCUCUGCAGGCCUCGACCCUGCAGGCCGCUGCCUGCUCCCCAGGCCCAAGUCCCUUGCGGGCAGCUGCCCCUCCACCCGCCUGCUGACGCUGGAGGAAGCCCAGGCACGCACCCAGGGCCGGCUGGGGACACCCACGGAGCCCACAAUUCCCAAGGCCCUGGCCUCACCCGUGGAAAGGAGGAAAGGGGAGAGAGGGGAGAAACAGCGGAAGCCAGGAGGCAGCAGCUGGAAGACAUUCUUUGCACUGGGCCGGGGCCCCAGUGUCCCUCGAAAGAAGCCCCUGCCCUGGCUGGGGGGCACCCGUGCCCCACCACAGCCUUCAGGUGGCAGACCCGACACUGUCACACUGAGAUCUGCCAAGAGCGAGGAGUCUCUGUCAUCGCAGGCCAGCGGGGCUGGCCUCCAGAGGCUGCACAGGCUGCGGCGACCCCACUCCAGCAGCGACGCAUUCCCUGUGGGCCCAGCACCUGCCGGUUCCUGCGAGAGUCUGUCUUCUUCCUCCUCCUCAUCCUCCGAGUCCUCCUCUUCAUCCUCCGAGUCUUCAGCAGCUGGGCUGGGGGCACUCUCUGGGUCCCCAUCGCACCGUACCUCAGCAUGGCUAGAUGAUGGUGAUGAGCUGGACUUCAGCCCACCCCGCUGCCUGGAGGGACUCCGGGGGCUGGACUUUGAUCCCUUAACCUUCCGCUGCAGCAGCCCCACCCCAGGGGAUCCUGCACCUCCUGCCAGCCCGGCACCCCCCGCCCCUGCCUCUGCCUUCCCACCUAGGGUGACCCCCCAGGCCAUCUCACCACGAGGGACCACCAGCCCCGCCUCACCUGCUGGCCUGGACAUCUCUGAACCCCUGGCUGUAUCAGUGCCACCGGCUGUCCUAGAACUGCUGGGGGCUGGAGGAGCACCUGCCUCAGCCACCCUAACACCAGCUCUCAGCCCCAGCCGGACCCUGCACCCACAUCUCAUGCCCCUUCGGCUGCGUGGAGCUGAGGCCCCACUGACUGACACCUGCCAGCAGGAGACAUGCAGCAAGCUCCGGGGAGCCCAGGGCCCGCUUGGUCCUGAUACAGAGUCACCAUUGCCACCACCUCCCUUGCCUCUCCUGCGACCUGGGGGUGCCCCACCCCCACCCCCCAAGAACCCAGCACGCCUCAUGGCCCUGGCCCUAGCUGAGCGGGCUCAGCAGGUGGCCGAGCAACAGAGCCAGCAGGAGUGCGGGGGCACCCCACCUGCUGCCCAAUCCCCCUUCCGCCGUUCUCUGUCUCUGGAGGUGGGUGGGGAGCCACCAGGGACCUCAGGGAGUGCACCAGCCCCCAACUCCCUAGCCCACCCGGGUGCCUGGGUGCCAGGACCCCCACCCUAUUUACCAAGGCAACAAAGUGAUGGGAGCCUGCUGAGGAGCCAGCGGCCCAUGGGGACCUCAAGGAGGGGACUCCGAGGCCCCACCCAGGUCAGUGCCCAGCUCAGAGCAGGUGGGGGGGGCAGGGAUGUGCCAGAGGCAGCAGCCCAGUCCCCAUGUUCUGUCCCCUCACAGGUUCCUGCCCCCGGCUUCUUCUCCCCAGCCCCCAGGGAGUGCCUGCCACCCUUCCUUGGGGUCCCCAAGCCAGGCUUGUAUCCCCUGGGUCCCCCAUCCUUCCAGCCCAGUUCCCCAGCCCCAGUCUGGAGGAGCUCCCUGGGCCCCCCUGCACCACUCGACAGGGGAGAGAACCUGUACUAUGAGAUCGGGGCAGGUGAGGGGUCCCCCUAUUCUGGCCCCACCCGCUCCUGGAGUCCCUUUCGCUCCAUGCCCCCUGACAGGCUCAAUGCCUCCUACGGCAUGCUGGGCCAAUCGCCCCCACUCCACAGGUCCCCCGACUUCCUGCUCAGCUACCCACCAGCCCCCUCCUGCUUUCCCCCCGACCACCUUGGCUACUCAGCCCCCCAGCACCCUGCCCGGCGCCCCACCCAGCCCGAGCCCCUCUACGUCAACCUAGCCCUAGGGCCCAGGGGUCCCUCACCUGCCUCUUCCUCCUCCUCUUCCCCUCCUGCCCACCCCCGAAGCCGUUCAGAUCCGGGUCCCCCAGUCCCCCGCCUUCCCCAGAAACAACGGGCACCCUGGGGCCCCCGAAUCCCUCACAGGGUGCCCAGUCCCUGGGGCCCCCCGGAGUCUCUCCUGCUCUACAGGGCAGCCCCGCCAGCCUACGGGAGAGGGGGCGAGCUCCACCGAGGGUCCUUGUACAGAAAUAGAGGACAAAGAGGGGAGGGGGCUGGUCCCCCACCCCCUUACCCCACUCCCAGCUGGUCCCUCCACUCUGAGGGCCAGACCCGAAGCUACUGCUGAGCGCCAGCUGGGAGGGGCCGUCCUUCCUUCCCUUCACCCUCACUGGAUCUUGGCCCAGCCAAAUCCCUUGUUUUGUAUUUUCUUGAGCCCUGACCCCUAACCCCAGGUUUCUAACUUUGUAACUUGCUUCUGAUGUGGGCUUCUAACCUGCAAUCCCAGUUUCCCUAUCCUGGGCUGACGGGUCCGCCCGUCCCCCCACCUCCCUCCAUCCUGGGGAUCCUUGCACAAAUCUGGGGAGGGGGCGCUAGGCUGACCCCAUCCUCCUCUCCCUCCAGGAGCCCCCAGCAUGUCCUGACCUGUGCACAGGGGUGGGGGGACAAUUCCUGCCCUUCUCUCCCCACAUGCCCCACUAAACCAUCUGACAACAUUAAUGAAUAAAAUGGUGAAAAUGUG